AACAUCUACCCCUUAUAUUGCUAUUGUCACGGUGAUGUUUCAUUCACAAUCUCUUGGUGCAUAAUUUUCCCCAACUACUAGUCUACGCCGUUACUGAAAAUACUCAAGGAAAAGAAGCACUUCAUUUAUUAAACACAUGGAUAGCAGACAAAGGAAGCGGAGAAGCAAUGUUCCAUUAAGAUCUGAAGCGGUUAAGUUACCAAAAUCCCAUUGCUCGGGAAAGAAAUUCCUAUCAAUCAUGGAUACCCUCCCAAUGGAUAAGAAAAAUGCCAUCAGUGAUAUGGGAUUCGGUGGCUUGCUGCAGCUUGGUUGUAAAGAAUUGCAUUAUGAGCUAAUAACGUGGAUAGUCGCCAAUUACGACAUUGGCUACCACCGCUUAUGCAUGGAAACAAAAGUUGUUGUCCCAGUCAUGCCCAAAAAUGUUAGAGAGGUGCUGGGCAUCCCGAACAAUGGCGUUGACAUUCUCAUCUACAAUAGGCGUGGCACACCCAACCGCACAUACGACAUCAAAAUAUUGGAAGCUAAUUUGCGUGAUCUACCAGUUGGCGAAGAAUUCAUGAAAUCCUUUCUCAUUUUCGCUUGUGCCACUAUCCUUGCCCCCAACUCAAAACAAGAAGGUAUGCAUGACUUGUGGGACAUGGUUUGGGAUAGUGAAGUGGGGGUGCGCAAAAAUUGGGCCGAGUUUGUUCUCCAAUAUGUCGAGGAUGGGAUAAGGGACUAUCGUACAAGUCACCUGACAUACAUUAGAGGUUGUGUCUUGUUUCUUCAGCAAGUUCUAUAUGACGACUUUCCAAGUUGAAGUCCACAGUCCACUUUCGACUGCAU